AUGAGCAAAGCAGCGAAACCGCCACGUGGCGAAUAUGAGCCAGAUUGGGCCGAUGAGCCAGAGGAGGAGAAAAAGACGCGGAAGGAGACUGCGAAAAUGUUCGGACCGCAAAAAGAUCCCGAGUGGUGGGAUAUUAACACGUUCAGCAAGGAAGACAACCCCAACGGUUUGCUUCAGGAGUCUUCAUUCUCGUCUCUCUUCCCAAAAUACCGCGAAAAAUACAUCAAAGAAAGUUGGCCACUCAUUGAAAAAGCGCUCGGAGAGCACUUUCUCAAGGCGGAUCUCGAUUUGCUCGAAGGAACGAUGUGUGUUCGAACGACACGAAAAACCUGGGAUCCAUAUAUAAUUAUGAAGGCGAGAGAAGUGAUUAAACUGCUCUCUCGAAGUGUUCCCUAUGAACAAGCGAUUCGUGUUCUCGAGGAUGAAAUCUAUUGUGAAAUUAUCAAAAUCUCUUCGAUGGUUCGUAACAAAGAGAGAUUCGUGAAGCGUCGUGCUCGAUUGAUUGGAAAUGAUGGGGCGACGUUGAAGGCGUUGGAGUUGUUGACUCAAUGUUAUGUUUGUGUUCAAGGAGGAACUGUUUGUGCUGUUGGACCGUUGUCCGGACUGAAACAGAUCAACCAAAUCGUGUCCGACUGCAUGAAAAACAUCCAUCCAAUCUACAACAUCAAAACGAUGAUGAUCAAACGAGAGCUCUCGAAAAACGACGAGUUGAAAGACGUCAAUUGGGAUCAAUAUCUUCCAAACUACCGAAAGAAGGUGCAAUCGGCGUCGACGACGAAGGAGGCGAAGAAGAAGAAGGCGUAUAAGAUGAAACCGAAGGGAGAGUACACUCCAUUCCCACCUGCUCCAGUUAUGAGCAAGAUUGAUAAACAGAUCGAGAGUGGAGAGUACUUUAUUCGGGAAAAUGAGAGAAAGUUGAAUAAGAAACGAGCAAAACUGGAGGCGUCCGCCGUGAAAACCGUCGAGAAGCAGAAACAAAAACUGAAAGUUUACCAAGCGAAGGAGGAGGCGCCACGAGAAAAACAGACGAAAAAGCGACCGACCGAUGCGCCGAUCGAUCUGGAAAAGCUGAAAAAGAAGGCGAAACUGAGCAAAGCCGCCAAGUGA